AUGUUUUACUCUGAACAACUGCUCUCUCGCGAAGGCCCGCUGGCGUACGUGUGGCUGGCCGCAAACCUCGAGAAGAAGCUCACGAAACACCAGCUGCUCAACACAGAUAUCGCCGAGAGCACGAGGGCGAUUGUGUCCAGCAGCAGCGUGUCCACAGAACCGCUGGCGCUGCGGUUGACGGGCCAGCUGCUGUACGGAGUGGUGCGGAUCUAUUCGCGCAAGGCGAAGUAUCUGCUGGACGACGUGACGGACGCGAUUCUGAAGCUCAAGUCGUCGUUCAGGGCGUCGCAGUCGGUCAUCCUGCCGGCCGAGUCGACCGUCCUGCCGUCGAUGCGGGCCGUCACGCUGCAGGACACGGUCACUGAGACCGACCUGCUGUACCAGGAGCCGCUGAACUUCGACGACAUAUUCAGCACUCAGCGAUCGACGCAGCCGACGCAGCUGCCCGAGGAGUCCACCACCUUCGACCGCUCGGUGGAAGUUCCGCGGCGCGCCGAGGUCGACGAGCUCGACGGCGUCCAGGACGAUCUCGAGCUGAACCUCGAUUUCGACCUCGGCGACGCCAUGGACGUCGACCGUGACGCGUCGGUCGAGCUGGGCAGGGCCGGCGACGACGCCAACGCGUCGCAGCAGCUGAACGACGUGCCGGACUUCGAGCUGCCGGACUUCCGCGAGCCCGUGCUCGAGAUUGACGAAAACGAGCCGGCCACGCCCGGCCACGGCGACCCGCUGGGGCCGGAAGUCCAGAUCGAGACGAUCCCCGACAAGCGCACGAGACGGCCGCCUGUGUUUGAGAACGUCGACGUGGUGCGCACGUCGCGCAAGCGCGUCGUCAUGGACGAGCAAAUCGAGAUUCCGGGCGAGCUGAUCCGCCAGUACCAGGCCAGCUACCCUGCGCCGCCGGUGGCCGAUGAGCGGGCAGGAGACUUGGAAAAAGUGGCGGAGCUCGCGAGACCGCGGUGUCUGACGUUCGGCGCGCUCGAAAUGCCUGUGGUGAAGAAGAGGCGCACGGAGCAGGGCGAGCAGGCCCCGCAAAACGACGCCAGUCUGCAGCUGCCAUCGUUCGACGUUGGGGCGGAGGACGCCGCGGUCGAGGAGCUGGCCGAGCCCGCUGCGCCGCAGGACGUGCCCGAGCUCGACGAGGAGCUCGAGUCGUUCGAGACGAACAACCUCGGCGACUCGCAAACGGUGUCACGUGCCACCGCGAAGGUCGCCGAGCAGGUGCGCGCGCUGCUCGCAGACACGCCGGCCACCACGUUCAGCGAGCUGAUGGCCCGCGACAUGGACUCGGCCGAGCCGCUGUCGCGCAACCCGAAGAGAGAGGCCACGCGGACGUUUUUCGAGCUGCUGGUGCUUGCAACGGGCGACUCGGUCGAGCUGAGCCAGGACCGGCUGUUUGGCGAGAUCGGCAUCUCUGCGCGCGCAGGACUCGCUGUGUAA